UCUGGUCCGGAUCGACACACGCGUGCAUUGGACACAAACGAGGCGCGCACGCACACGCGCUCCAGAAGGACUCGGCAUCGAUCGUGGCUCCUUUAAGAGAGCCUGAGCAAGUCUCCCCCCGCCUCCCUUCCCAUCCACCUCCUCCUCCUCCUCUGAUCCACUGUGGACGCGUUUGCAUAAGAAAAUCAAGCCGGGAGCCGAGAGUGAUCAAAGAACCGGAGGAGAGCGGAUUCAUUUUUAACUCUGACGCUCCGGAGGCGCACGGACCCGCGGAGGCGCGCGCCGGACCAUCAUUCAUCCGGCCACUUUUGACAAGCCCUCGCGGGUUUUUUUUUCCCUUUUUCUUUUUCCCCCUCUUUCUUUCUGACUGACAGGCGGAGCGACAGAAACAACCAUGAGAGUCGCCACUUUUCAUUGAGGGGCUGUUUCGCCUAAGAAAGGACCCCGGUGCCGCCGCGCAGGGAGGGACAGCCGAGGACGCGUUCGCCGCCGCGCCGGGGCGAAACUUGCGCGAAAGCUGCGGGAUCUGCGGGGCUUCGGGAAAGCAGAACGGCCGAGGAGACGAGGAAGAGAAAGGAGGAGAAACUGGGGAUUUUCUUUUGCACCAACACCUUCUCGCCUUGUUUGGAUUUUCUUGCGCGUCAAUCCUGGAGCGGAUUUACCCGAACUGAGAGCAGGGAGUCCGGAGGGUUAUGGCGCAGCGGUACGAAGACUUGCCCCACUACGGGAUGGACGGUGUGGGCAUCCCGAGCACCAUGUACGGAGACCCGCACGGCGCGCGCUCCAUGCAGGCUGUGCACCUCAACCACGGGCCCCCCCAGCUGCACUCCCACCAGUACCCGCACACCGCGCACACCAACACCAUGCCCCCCAGCAUGGGCUCCUCGGUCAACGACGCUCUCAAGAGAGAUAAAGACGCUAUUUACGGACACCCCCUGUUCCCUUUGCUUGCACUGAUUUUUGAGAAAUGUGAAUUAGCGACCUGCACCCCCAGAGAGCCCGGAGUGGCGGGGGGAGACGUGUGUUCCUCGGAGUCCUUCAAUGAAGACAUAGCUGUGUUUGCAAAGCAGAUUCGGGCAGAAAAACCUUUGUUUUCUUCAAACCCAGAGCUGGAUAAUCUGAUGAUCCAAGCCAUUCAAGUUUUACGAUUUCAUCUACUGGAGCUGGAGAAGGUGCACGAGUUGUGUGAUAACUUCUGUCACCGGUACAUAAGCUGCUUGAAGGGAAAGAUGCCCAUCGACUUGGUCAUAGACGACCGGGAGGGGGGCUCCAAGUCCGACAGCGAGGAGAUCACGAGAUCCGUGGCCCUGGAUCAGACGUCCUGGAACAGGGAUCACGACGACACGGCGUCCACGCGCUCCGGCGGCACGCCGGGACCGUCCAGCGGCGGACACACGUCACACAGCGGAGACAACAGCAGCGAGCAGGGUGACGGCCUGGACAACAGCGUGGCUUCUCCGAGCACAGGGGACGAUGACGACCCCGACAAAGAGAAGAAGCACAACAAGAAGAGGGGGAUUUUCCCGAAGGUGGCCACCAACAUCAUGAGAGCGUGGCUCUUCCAGCACCUUACGCAUCCGUACCCGUCAGAGGAGCAGAAGAAGCAGCUGGCCCAGGACACGGGCCUCACCAUCCUACAAGUGAACAACUGGUUCAUUAACGCCAGGAGGAGAAUAGUUCAGCCCAUGAUCGACCAGUCAAACCGUGCAGUAAGUCAAGGAGCUCCCUACAAUCCAGAUGGUCAGCCGAUGGGGGGCUUUGUCAUGGACGGCCAGCAGCACAUGGGAAUCAGACCACCUGGGCCGAUGGGUGGAAUGGGCAUGAACAUGGGCAUGGAAGGUCAGUGGCACUACAUGUAGCCUCGCCCUCUCCAGUCCGACCAAUCACGACCCAAAUGGGAAUAGCUGUGGGGACAAACUCUGGGGGGAGGGGGACACGUGCGCCAGAGACCGAGGAGCUAAACUUCCUGAUCCGAACCCCCCCCCCCACACCCUUCAGGACUCAACGUUAGAUUUGGUUCGUCUUCAACUCACCCCAAGCCCUUUCUUCUGAAAAGACUCCACUUCUUCUCUGGUGGGCACAAGACUUACUCCCCCUCCAAGCCCCCUAAAGCCCACAAAAGACCCACAUGGACCCCCCCAAACCCCCAUUGAUUGUGAUUGAAGCAGAGCCGACAGACUGGUCGCCUGCCGUGAAUGUGGACACCUGAUGACUUCUUCUUUGAAAAAGACAGAGACUUCCUCUGAUUGGCGGAUCAGGGGGGGUGUUGGCGCUGUAGCACCCACGCCCAAAGGGAGGGGGAUCUCUUUACGGACGCAGAAGCAGAGAGAGAAUUUAUCGGACGGGGGGGAAGCGAGGGGACGCCGAGGAUUUACUGUAAACUGUUGUAAAAUGACGCUGGACUCCUGUAAAUGCUGUUGUAUUGUUCUGCAUAUUAUGUUGUUUCUAAUAGAUUUUUUAAAAACAAAAGAUGUGAACUUUUCAUUUUCCUCUUUUUUUUUUUUUUUUUGGUUCUGGUUUCUUUCCACACAUCGUGGGCCGCCUGUCCAUCAUCAAACCCGCCCCCCUCCCCCACUGAGACAUAAUGCAAUUUUUUAAAGACAGAAAUGAAUAAAUGAAAAAAUGCACUCUUGUCA